UAUUGUUAGCUUGUUAGCUAGCAGACGAACUCGGGAAUGGGGAUAUGACAGAGUAAUAACGUCUUAUUACAUGUGCACGAUUAAGUUAUUACAACCCUAAAGUGCCAGUCCAGUGAGCCCUCUCCAAGCCCUAAAUAAAAAAAUCUCCUCUGGUUGUCUGGUGUGUGAGAUGGAGGACGGAAACAGGACUGAUGCUGCCUCAACAGCCAAGAGCCACGCAGGCUCACUCCACCUGCAGACUCCCAAGAAUGAGGACACCUAUGAAAUUGCCAUCCCCUAUGAAGAGAGCAACUUUGAGCAGCAAGGAUUCUUCAACCAGAGUGAUCAAAACUUUGAAGAGUCACCCCAAACGUCUGCCCCGGCCCCAGUCAACAAUUCAUACAUGGUGAUCACUAACCUGCGGACCCAGCUUCAGAUCUCUCUGGAGAAAAACUCUUGGCUGCAAAAAAGAAUUGAAGACUUGGAAGAGGAGAGGGACUUCCUACGCUGCCAGCUGGACCGCUUCAUCUUUUCCACAAAGAGCCAGGGACAGGAGCAAAAUCAGAGCCAGUACAGCAAUGGUUAUAAUCCUAGACGAUUCAACUGGAGGGGAAGAAGAGAGGAAGAUCAUCCAGCUGAGCAACAAAAGACAGACUCACAACAUUUCCCCUCACGUCAAUUUAUCCAACGAAGGUCUGUUCCUCCAACCAUGGUGUCCUCCAAAAACCAUGUCUCCAAUCCUCUUUCUAAUCAGCUAGCCUCCAUCAAUGCUCUGUUCAACUCCACACAAACUCAGGCCCUCAUGCAAAGCCAUAGCCACAGCACUCCGAGUACCACAGCCGGGGGCAGCAGUGGAAACAGCAACAGCGUAACACGGUCAUCCAUAAGUGAAAUGAGUGGACACAGCAACGUUGGUCAAGAUUCACUUUCACUCUUGGGAGAAUCUGAUGAGUACUUGGAGCAGGAGGGUUUCCUGGAUGAGGAGGAUAUGAUAUCGGGGGAAGAUGUAAUUUCAAAUACAAUAAACAGCAACAGACAUCAGUUAAAGAGGAGGCGGGUCGUCAGAGUCCCUCGAGAGCGGCAGAGAGUUAAAGAUGCUGCUGGGGUGCUGUUUCGCUACAAGAAGAUCCUGCUUACAUACCAGCGUUUGAAAAAUAUGUCGAAAGCUUUCCAAAUCCAUGGUGUGGACCGCAACACAGUGGCUUCCACCACACCCAUAGCCGAGAUGCUGCUAGUGGCCCCAGAGAAGGUGGCAGAGGUGGGUGAGUUUGACCCAUCCAAGGAAAAGCUGCUGGACUAUGCCCGCCGCUGCUACACUGCUUUGGAUGAGGAGACACUCAGCAGGGUGCAGGCCUUGAAAAAGAACAACCUGCUUCUGCCCAUAUCCUACAGGUUCAGACAUUAAGGGGAGAAAGAAGGCAGAAUGGAAGGUGCCUCUGUGAAACUUUAAGGAGCAGUGAGGCACCUUGUUUUCUUCUGCUCAAGGCCAGCUCCAGUCAUGUCAAAGAUUAUUGGACAGGCGUGGAGAAAUAUUAUGCCAUCUCAGUGUCCUGGAUCUGGCCAUGAAAAACUGUGUCUGAUGUCCGUUGGUCUUCACUCAAAUAAUAAUGUCACUCCACAUUUUAUUGUCAUCAUGUUGUAAAUGAUUUUUCGUGUUUCUGCAAAUCCCAAACAAUAAAUGUAAUAAUAGCAACAAUCUGUCCGAUGUAGCUGGGAAGGGAAGAACAUGAUUUUAGCGAAAUUGCAUGUCUGUUCGAAUCACACUGUGUCAUUGCUAUCAGGAUUAUGUGUUAGGGAUUAUUGAAUGAGGGCAACCAAUUUAGCUUAUUCAUGUUUCAGCGAUGACAUUAAGAGACAAAGAGCUUUAGGAUCUUAACAUCUGGAUCAGCUGGCGGCCAUUAUUUGAUUGAUUGAUUGAUUGAUUGAUUGAUUGAUUGAUUGUCUGGAUCAUUUCAGUUCUCUCAGUCUACAUGUUUUAUAAAUUAAGCAAUCCUCUGUCACUUUAAGUGUGUGCUAUUUUAAUACAAUCCAAUACUAGUCAAUUAUGGUAGUUUUCAAUCACGAUUUCUGUGUGUUCAAAUUGUGUUGCACUACUUGGAUUUUUGUACGUUACUGUUUUCACUUGCCUUAAUGCUAAUUUUUGUGAUUUCCUUGCUGAGACGUGAAAUAGUUGAUCACUGUUUCACUCUAGAAACCUACCUUAUUUAAGUCUCCAUUUGUCUUAGCUCUAAAGGAGGGGUAGAAAUUCUAUAAAAGAAGGACAGUGGUGAAAUAAAUUGCAAUCUGGUGACUACAAUAUUAUGUGGUGCAAAUGUGUUUCUGACAGUGACAUAAGUUCGGCAAUAAGAGCUGUUUCAUUUAAAUGAAUAAAUAAAAGGCAUACACAAAUAUACGUUGGUGAUAUUGUAUGUGUGUGACGUGAAAUAAAAGUAAUAACACCUGUUGUUCUGUCA